GUAGUCGGAGCGGUUACCACAGCAAUUGACAUCAGCAGUCUGGCCCCCCGGGAGCCCGUCCGCCUCGCGCCUGCCUGCGGGGCCUGUGUUACAGCCUCUUCGAGGAGUAGAGAGGAGGCGAGGAGGCGUUUGGGGACUCCCACCCCCAUUUGGAGGAUUGGGCAGGCCCGGGAAGGGGCGGAGCGCCUUGGGUGGGCUGUGGCCCCGGCCGCACGGCCCAGGCACAGGGGCGCCCAGGCAGCGGAGAAGCGGCAGCAGCGGGGCAUGGCGGAGGACGCGCCCAAGCCACCGCAGCUCAGCAUGCCCCUGGUCCUGGACCACGACCUCACCAAGCAGAUGCGGCUGCGCGUGGAGAGCCUGAGGCAGCGUGGGGAGAAGCGCCAGGACGGGGAGAAGCUGCUGCGGCCCGUCGAGUCCGUGUACCGCCUCGACUUCGUCCAGCAGCAGAAGCUGCAGUUUGAGCGCUGGGACGUCGAGUUGGACAAGCCGGGCAAGGUCACCAUCACGGGCACCUCCCAGAACUGGACGCCCGACCUCACCAACCUCAUGACGCGCCAGCUGCUGGACCCUGCUGCCAUCUUCUGGCUCAAGGAGGACGCGGAUGCCAUGGAUUGGAACGAGGCCGACGCCCUGGAGUUUGGGGAGCGCCUGUCGGACCUGGCCAAGAUCCGCAAGGUCAUGUACUUCCUCGUCACCUUCGGCGAGGGCCUGGAGCCCGCCAACCUCAAGGCCUCCGUGGUCUUUAACCAGCUCUGAGGCCAGCUGCUCGC